GUGUGGGGUUUGUGUGAGCUUCCCGGGGUGCGGACCCUUUAACGGGGCGGGUCCCUGGGGCAGGCCUGUCAUUCGUCUAUUAUGCGCGACGUUGCCUGAAAGUGACACAUUGUCGGCGGGAGAGCGGAAUCCUGGAGCACAGAGGUAACCCGUCCCGGAGAAGGAUCGCAGUAAGGAACAGAGGCUGAGAGAUUUCAGCUACAGACAGUGCCAGGAGGCCCAACACGUGAACCUAUCUCUACUCUGUCCACCCACUCUGCAGGAACAACUUGUCAGAGGAAUAUAGUGAUUGACUGUCGGUCGUCGCAGGUUAUAAAAGCCUGCGUCUCUGGGGUGAGCAUCACAACAUGUGGCUGCUGUUGCUGCUGGGUGUCCCGCUCUCAGUCACUACCGCAGAAGGCAAUGUGACCAUUCUACCCACAGCCUUUCUCCAUGACCUCCUGCAACGCUAUGGAGACAAUGAAGUCCUUGUGCUGCACCAGCUAAAGGCUCUUCUCAACCGGCUGGACAUUGGUGUAGGGAGUGCCAGCAUACCAACCGGUCACAGCACCAACAACCUUUCCAAGUGCUUUUCCUCAUCACAGCUUUUUGCAAUUCACAAUCUCAACAACAACAGCAGGAUAGACAGUGCCACCUUCAAAAACAUCUGUCCAACAAUCCUCCAGCAGCUGGAGAGUGGAGCAUGUGCUGCAGAAAAGCAGGAGAAUGAGGAGAAUGAGGCCACUGUUCUCUUAAAGCCCACACCCUCGGAGGUCUGGGGCUAUGGUUUUUUGUGUGUGACAGUCAUAUCUCUCUGCUCUCUGAUCGGGGCCAGUGUGGUACCAUUCAUGAGGAAAACCUUUUACAAGCGACUGCUGCUGUACUUCAUCGCCCUGGCGAUAGGCACUCUCUACUCUAACGCCCUCUUUCAGCUCAUUCCUGAGGCCUUUGGAUUUGACCCGAAGGAAGCUGAUUAUGUAUCAAAAUCGGCAGUGGUCUUUGGAGGAUUCUAUCUCUUUUUCUUCACAGAGAAGAUCCUGAAGAUGGUGCUCAAACCCAAAGAGAAGGGGAAAGCACCAAAUCACACUCACUACCGAGCUCAGCAAUAUGCCAGCAGGAGUGAUCACGAGGAUGGAGUGAUGGAAAAACUCCAGAAUGGAGAUCUGAGUCACACCCUGUCGAGUCACGGUGAAGAUGGCGACCACAGGAUUUUCUCUACAGAUUCCACAGAGGGAGAGCCAGCAAUCACUGGGGCCUUGUCGGUGCAGGAUCUCCAGCAGACAGCAGGAGGACCCUGUUACUGGCUUAAGGGGAAUCGUUACUCUGACAUUGCGACUCUGGCCUGGAUGAUCACGCUCAGCGAUGGACUGCACAACUUCAUCGAUGGCCUUGCCAUUGGAGCUUCCUUCACUGUCUCUGUCUUCCAGGGAAUCAGUACCUCGGUGGCCAUUCUCUGUGAGGAAUUUCCUCAUGAGCUUGGUGACUUUGUGAUACUGCUGAAUGCUGGCAUGAGCCUCCAACAAGCUCUCUUCUUUAACUUCCUGUCGGCCUGCUGCUGCUACCUGGGUCUUGCCUUUGGUAUCCUCGCUGGCAGCCACUUCUCUGCCAACUGGAUCUUUGCUCUGGCUGGUGGAAUGUUUCUCUACAUCGCACUGGCAGACAUGUUCCCAGAGAUGAAUGAGGUGAGCAAAGGAGAGGACGGGGAAGAGUCGACCUCGCUGUUGGUGUUUGGCAUCCAGAACGCCGGCCUGCUCACUGGAUUUACCAUCAUGUUGCUGCUCACCAUGUACUCGGGCUCAAUCCAAAUCGGAUAGGCUUCGGCCGGCCCUGGGACACAAUGGGCACCCAAAGCCAUGGCAGCUCGGAGGGGAGGCAGGCAACUUUCUCAGCACAGACACCACAGCAAACAGAGGGGCACAAUAGCUGGCCCAGGCUUAAGAUUACUGCAACAAAGGUAGCCUAUCUUUUCGAAACCUGCUCUUUGUAAAAGGUAAUCUCCUCAGGCUACUUAGCAACAAAUUCAUUCCAGUUCACUAAUAGUCCAAGAAGCUGAUUCCCUGUAGGGUUUAGAAGGCCAAGUUUCCCCUCCACAAUCAGUGUUAUGUGGCAUUGUCUCAAUUAGCCAUCAGUCUUAGGCCUUCCAAGUCAAGAUGAGGAAACAAGAACAAUCUCCACGUGGAAUAAGCACAUUGGAGACAAAGUGGGGGGGAGUUAAGUUGCUGCCAGACUUUAACACAGGCCUGUCACAAUCAGAGCUGGGCGUCCUGUUCAAAAUAACACACAUUUUGACCAAACUUAUCUUGUCACUCCAAGAUCUUUAACAAUACCAGUAGGACAAAGUCUGAUUGGAGAGGACACUUUCAUCAGGUAACUGGGAAAUCCCAGCUUCUCACAGGGACAUCAGAGCCACAGGAGAACCCAGGACAGGCCUGGACAGGCCUUAUAGCCAAAGAUCUUGUGGCCCUGCUUUUAUCCCCUUGUGUUUCUUCCUCUUAAUCCUCAUGACCCUUUGAAAAUCAUGGUGCUGAUUCCACUGGUAUCUCUACGGGAGGGUCUGUCAUGUCUCCUAUCUCUUGGCACACAGGUAGAGAGGGAUGAUGUUCAGUGGUCAACCAGAAGUCUUGAGUAGAGCCGAAAAAGAGACUUGCAACCAAAACAUUUCAACUUGCACUUAUCAGGACAGACAAAAGAAUGCCGAAUUUCAUGGGAAACAAGGCGUUACACUGCAUGAGAAGCGGGUGCCAGUUCAUUGGCAAGUGGACAGUGAUCGGUAAAGGUGUUGCCAUUAGAGAUUGGGGAACAGUUAACUGCCAAGCUUUUCUGCACGUGAAAAGGAUUUAAUUCCUGGACACGUUCUUUCGGCUGGUGAAGUUCAGAGUCCUGCAUAUGAACAUCAGGAAGUGAACCUCACUGCAAGCCUGUGUGGUAAUUGGUGGUUUCAGUCAUUCUCGGCUCACACCAUGAUUGUUCAGCAAGUCCUGUUCAGUUGUGAAACUACAUCUAACGAUGGGUGUAAUGUUCCGAGUUCUGCAAAAGCUCAGGCACAACUGUUUCCCUUUACAUUCUCCAUGGAAACACCUUCAUCAACCAGUCUCAACGUUUUUCCUCAAGCAGUAUAAAUUGUUGUUCCCUUUCCGAUUGGCAUGCUUGCUCUGUCCUGAGAUAUACAAGAUGAGAUGUUUUCUCAGCACAUUUAAUUGUUUCAGCAGUACUCAAGUUCUGAACCACCAAGAGACUUCCAAAUCUUGUUUUGAUGGGUCACUUAGAGGACUGUGUGUGUGGUGGACUGAGGGGAUUUGUCCAUAAUCCCCCCUCUUGAUGAUUCGAUUCAUGGAGAUUGAAGUCCCCAGCCCAGGACCUCCAUAGUCUACAGUGUUACAGUGAGUGUGUUCACUGUUGUGUUGUGCUUUCUCUGUCAGACUGACUCCCCGCAGCGCUUAGAUUUUCCAAAGAAAUACUGCCAGCUCUGCAUAUGUGGGGCUUUAUUUAAUCUGUUCUCCAUCUCUCUCUGUCCCCACACUCGCUCAUCACUCACCCACCAGCAUGAACUGGUCAAUGGUCAGUCCGAAGAGUUCUCCAUGAGCAAUGUUGGCCAGAAGAAUUUCUAAUGGAAUCUAACUGUCGGAGUGAAAUCUCUUGGGUAAAUAUCAAGUACAGUUUGAUUCCAGACCUGACUCCCUCCUCCAGUCCCUGACCUCUCACACAUCUCAAACCCUGACGUCAAACACCUGAGAUAAGACCAAUUGCUUGAGUAAAGGCAGUAAAUGGAGUCAGGAAGAGCUUGUGGAUGGACUCACUCUCCUCCCUGGGGAUGGAGUGGGGCAUGGGGGUCUUCCUGAUUCAGACCUGUCCUGGGAUAUCCAGUCAUGUCCUGUGGCUCUGGUUACUAUUAGCUCAACAGCACCUUCUCCUCCCUGAUUUGAAAUUCAGACAAUGAAGUGGAAUCAUAAGGAUAACCAUGCCCCCACAGUUUGUUGUAUCCAGGCAGCAGGUAUGCUGAUGAGCUGUAUACAGACAGUGGGGCUAUCCAGAGGGGGUGUAGGUUAAUGGGUGACCAAGGGACCUGAUGCCACAUAGCAAUGAACCAUUCGACAACAUCAGUCUGCUGAAAAUGAAAACGUGUUUAGCCCUGUGUUCCCCUCCUCACUAUGUUUAGAAGCCAUUUGUUGUAAUGUGAAAAUGUCUGAGCUUAAUGACACUAAACUGUACAACCUUGCAAUGAGGAAGAAACCAAAUACCCAGGUAUAGCCGUGCUGUUCGGAAAGAACCAACAUGGAUUGCUGCUUCCAUGCUUUUUUCUGUCAAAUCAGCAAGAAUAGUCCUGGACCAUGUGGAAAAGUGUUUUCAAACAGAACGUUUUCUCAUUGCUCAAGUCGCAAUGAUGGAGACUGUGGGAUUUGAAUUCAGCUUACCAUCGGAGGAUUUAUUCUGUCUUUGAAAUUUUGACAGCAACACCUUCCUGAGAAAGGUACCUUGAAGCAGGGUAAUAAAUGCCCCUUACACCUGUCUGGAGGUGGGAAGGGAAGAGUCAUGGCUUCCCAGGACACCACACCUUAUCCCUCCACACCUUAAGGGGUGGUCAGCCAGGGGAGCUGCUGUAUUGGGGUAUGAUGGUUCAGGAGGUCCUGUUUUCCUGGAAAGUUGCGGAUUGACAGACAGCAGCAGGAUCCUCUGACCUCCAACAUCCAGCAUUUCUGGAAGGGCCCCUGACUUGAAAAGGUCUUUGCUGGAUCAAAGGCCCAUUCACAGCCGGGGGGAUCUGGCUCUGGGAACUGGCUACAGAGACGAUGUCGUGUGAUAUGCAACACGUUCCCAGCGACUUGAUACCAAAAUGACAAGCACACCUUACUGACCAUGGAUCGGGUUGUAAAUUAUUCACUGUACAGUAAACUUAGGACUUGGAAGUUUGGAAUAAAAUUGAGCUGAUUGGUUGACUUGUAA